AUGUUCUCCGCUGCUACCAACUUCUUUCGCCGCCGACCCGCAACUGUGGCUGACCCCGCCAUUUCCGAUUCUUCCAACAGGUAUGAGGUACCAUUAUACACAAAUGCCGCAUACUACCCCAACUGGAGGAUCUACCGAAAGCAACCUCCUUCUUCUUUGCGAUUGGGAUUUAUUUCGCACGUGUUCUACGCAUUUGCUUGGGUGAAGGAAGAUGGUACCGUAUAUCUGAGCGAUGAGUGGGCUGAUACACAGAUGCCAGUAGACGGCACCGAAGGUUGCCUACGAGCAUUUGUUCAGCUAAAACAACAAUACUCCCGAAUGAGAGUGAUACUGUCUAUUGGUGGCGGUGGAAAGGGUAGUGAGAAUUUCGCUGCAGUUGCUCAUAAUCGUUCCAAGGCGGAGACCUUUGUGCGCACAGCUAGAGGGCUCGUGGAUCAAUACGGAUUAGAUGGCAUUGAUAUUGAUUGGGAACACCCGAGCGAUGCCAAAGAAGGUAAAGACUAUGUUCGUCUUCUUGGUCAUCUGCGAGAAGUCUUGCCCGCUCCCCAAUACGUCCUGGCCACUUGCCUGCCGGCGGGCCAGUGGGCACUUCAAAACAUUGAUCUAUCGGCGGCAGAGAAGCAUCUCGACAUGAUUAACCUCAUGGCCUAUGAUUUUUCAGGACCUUGGAUCGCCGAGACUGGUCACCAAGCCCAACUCUAUGGAACUCCCACCUCAUGUUAUCUAGCGGUCUCCUGUGUCUUGUCACAAGGAGUUCCUUCACGAAAGCUCAUUCUUGGAGUUCCAACGUAUGGACGAUCAUUCCUUGAAAGCAAUGGACCAGGGCAAGAUUACAAAGGAUGCGGUGGCGAAGACGGGGUCUUUGACUAUUGUGAUCUUCCACGUCCAGGAUCACAGGAAAUUCUGGACAGCCAGGUUGGUGCUGCAUACUGCGUUGGUGGAGAUGGUGGAUUCGUUACGUAUGAUGUCCCUGCAACGGUUCAGCAAAAAGCACAGAUGGUGACAACCACUAAACUGGGAGGGUUAUUUUAUUGGAACAUUUGCUCUGAUUCUCGUGGCCCUAGAAGCCUGAUUGAGACUGGAUACAAUACUCUGCAUGACAUGUAG